AUGAGUUUUAAAAAUAAUGAGAAAUAUAUGGAUGAAGAAAAUGACCAGGAGAGCGAUGAUGAAUUCUUUAAAGUAAAAAGGAAGCCUCAAAUUAAUGUUGAUGCUGAAGAAGAUGAAGAUAAUAACAAUAAUAAUAAUAAUAAUAAUAAUAAUAGUAAUAUUAGUAACCAUAUGAAUGAGUUUGAUUUAGAAGAAGAGGAUGAAGAUGAUUAUGAGGAUGAGAAUUAUAUUGUAGGGGAAACUAUAGAAAUUGAUGAAUCUAAAUUAAAAAAUGAAAAAAUCGAAGAAGAUAUAUUUAACGAGAAUAAUUUAUUACAUGGAAUAAAAACAAGAGAAUUAUUAGAACAAGAAAUAUUAAUACUUUUUAGUAAUAUGCUAAAAAAAGAAACAAUAUUAUGUAAAGAUAUAAAAAGUGGUAGUAAUGAUCCUAUGGAUGAAAUAAGUUUGUUUAAAGAUGAUAUGGUUGAUGAUAAAGAAUUAAAAGAUUUUGAAAAGUCAAGUUUAAAAAUAAAGAAUAAAGAAGUAUAUAAUUUUAUAUAUAAUAAAAUGAAUUUACAUAUUAAAGAGAAUAAGAAAAAGGAUGAAAAGGAGAAAAAGAAUAAAAUACAUAAUAAUGAUGAAAAUAAUAAUAUGAUAUAUUAUAAGAAUAUAGAUAAAACUCAUUAUAUAUUAGAUAAUAAUGUUGUACAUAUAUUAAAUGAUAUUAAUACCUAUUUAAAAAGAGAAAGAGAUUAUAUGAAUAGAAAAUUUGGAACAUAUAUAGAUUCAACAUAUAAAAAUCCUAUGUAUGUAACAUUAUAUAUAUUUAAUAAUGAUAUAUUAAAAGAUAUUAUAUUACAAGUAAUAGAUAUUAUUAGAAAUGAUUUUGAUCAUGCUAUAUAUAAAGAUAUUGAUGAAAAUCAAUUAAUAAAAAAUUUAAUUAUUUUAAUAAAUCAUUUGACUACACGACCGAGUAAAGAAUGGUUUGAUUAUUGGAAAAGACAUAUGCCUACAUUUAAUGAUAAGAAAAGUGAAUAUAAUGUAUAUAAAUAUUUACAAUUACAAAAAAGCGAUAGAAGAAUAUUAUAUGAUACCUUAAAAAAUGAUAUCUAUAUUAAAGAAUUACAAAAAAGAUCGGAUAUAUUAGAUCAAUAUCAAAAAGGAUUACAAAGUUUAAAAUGUUUACUAGCUAAUAAAAACUUCUUAACUAUGCUAAAUGAAUUCAGAUAUAAUACCCAGUUAUUUAUUGAUGCUGACUAUCGAGAAAUUGAAGAAAAUGAAAAGGUUAUGGAAAUGCAAAGGAGGGAAAAUGAAUUACUGGAGGAAAAAAAAAGACUAAAGCAAGAAUUAGAAUCUUACCACGACGAUUCUUCAACGGAUGAUGACUCUAGUGCGGAUGAGCAACAGGAUGAACGGAGGGAGGUUCUUACACAUAAUGACCCUAUAAAUAAAAAGGAUGACCCUAUAAAUAAAAAUGAUGACCCUAUAAAUAAAAAUGAUGACCCUAUAAAUAAAAAUGAUGACAAUAUAAAUAAAAAUGAUGACAAUAUAAAUAAAAAUGAUGACAAUAUAUGUAAUAGUAAUGACCAUACACAUAAUAGUAAUGACCAUACACAUAAUAGUAAUGACCAUACACAUAAUAGUAAUGACCAUACACAUAAUAGUAAUGACCAUACACAUUUUAGUAAUGACCAUACACAUUUUAGUAAUGACCAUACACAUUUUAGUAAUGACCAUACACAUUUUAGUAAUGACCAUACACAUAAUAGUAAUGACCAUACACAUAAUAGUAAGAACCAUGCACAUUUUAGUAAUGAGGUAGACAAAACAAAUGAUUAUAAAUACCAUUCAGAAAAGAAAAAGAAAAAUAAUGUGAUAAGGAGUAAAAUGUACAAUAUAAAGAAACGAAUAAGUAAGAUUAAUGACGAGCUCCAUGAGUUAUCGAAUUUUUUUUUAAUAGAUAAAACCAAAAGAGAGAAAUUAAUGUUUGAAUAUAACGAGAAUGUAUUUCUGGUUCGAAAUAUAUUAACACAAGUUUUAGGCAUACGAAAUAAAACAGAUAAUCGAGAUAUUAAUUUAAACAACGUUCAUUAUGCUAUAUUACAAAAUAUACUAGAUAAACAUGGUUGUCUUCAUUUAAUAAUUGAUGAAAUGAGAGAUUUAUUUGAAAAAGAGAUAAAAAAAUAUGAAGAAGAAUCAAAUAUAUAUAUACCAUAUAUUAAACAAAAUACUAUGAAGCAAAUAUGGGAAUACAUAAGAUUAUUUUAUAAUAUUAUAUGUUAUAUAGAUCCGAUAGAUUUGGUCAAAUCAUUAACAUAUCAAAAAAGUACACACAUAAUAAAAAAGGAAAAAAAGAAAACCAAAACGGAUAUGGAUAAUAAUAAUAAUAAUAAUAAUAAUAAUAAUAAUGAUAAUAAUAAUAUAAUGAUGAAUCAAAAAUUUUUGAAUAAUUAUCAUAAUAAAAAACAUCUCAAUACUUCUGACAAUGUAAACAAUAUGAAGACAAAUAAUUUACGAAAUUAUAAUAAAGAUAUAAAUUUAAAAAAUGUAGGAAAAGAUAUGAACAAACGGAAAAGCAUGGCACAACAGCAAAAUAAAAGGAAAAGCAAUUAUAUAAAUAUAAAACAAAAAAAUUUAAUGAUCACACAUUUGUCAAGGAUCAAUCCUUUAUUAGCUAAAUCUAAAGUAAGGAAACCCAAUGAAGAAAAGCAUUUAAAAAAAAGAAAAAGGAAAUUUAUAGAAAGAAAAAAUUUAAUAGAUCAUUAUGAAAUAUUUUCCUUUGAGGAUUUUUCUUUUAAUAUGUUUUCUGAAGAUCGUUUAUUUAAUAAAUAUAAUAUAUUAGAUAUAUUUGAUUAUAGUAACUUGUAUAAAAUACAAGAUUUUUUAAAUAAUAUUAUAGGUAUAAAUGAAGAAUUUGAAAGUAUCUAUGAGAAUGAUGAUAAUUUCCAUUAUUCAUUAAAGGUAUUUUUAAAUAUAUGUAUAAAAGAUUUAAGAAGAUGUAUAAAUGAAUUUUAUAAUUUUCAAUGGGAUAUAAAAAUCAUAUUAAAUAUGCAUGCAUGGAUUGUAACAUAUUAUACCAAUUUAUAUAUAUACGAAAAUAGAAAAAGGUUUUAUAAUUCUAGAAACAAAAACAAAAAUAAUAAGGAACAUCAAAUGAAUAGAGAUGAUGAAAGGAAAUGUACAAAAGAAUAUACAAAUCAAAAUGAAGGUGAAAUGAAAUAUGAUCAUAAUAGGAAGAGGGAAGAUGAACAAAAAAAUCAUAAAUAUUGUAAUAUAAAUUGUAAUAUAAAUUGUAAUAUAAAUUGUAAUAAAAAUUGUAAUAAAAAUUGUAAUAUAAAUUAUAAUAAUGGUGAUAAUAAUGUGUAUGAUAACAAUGUGUAUGAUAAUAAUGAUGAUUAUAAUGAUGAUUAUAAUGAUGAUUAUAAUGAUGAUUAUAAUGAUGAUUAUAAUGAUGUAAAUCAAAAUACCUAUGUUAAACAUAACAAUCAAAAUGAAAAUUCAUCAUUAUUUAUUUCUAGAAUUCAAAUGGUUUUAGGAUUACAAAUGUAUAUAGGAGAUAAUAGUAUCCACUCCGAAUUUUUAUGUGAUACCUUUCAACGUGUUAUAAGAGAAGAGAAGAUGAUGAAGAAUAGUAGUCAAGUCAUAUUAUGUUGUUUACGAUGUUUAUAUUCAGAUCUUAAUUUAUUAGAUAUACAUUCUUUAUCAACAGAUGAAAAUGUAAAAUCUAUAUGUAAAACUUCUUUAGACAAUUUGCUGAAAAGAAAUAUUUUGACUACUUUAAGUUGGAUAUUACAAAACUUUAAAAUAUUAAGUCACGAAAAACAUAUAUUUAUAUAUUCUUUAAAAUGUUCAUUGCUUAUAAUAAAUUUGUUAGCAAAAUUAGGUGGAACCACAUAUAUAAUAAAAGAGAAAAAAAAUAUUCAUAAUGACUCUCAUGAUGAUAACAACGAUGAUAGUGUUAAUGAUUCUAAUGAUGAUACCAACAAUGUUAAUGUUAAUGUUAAUGUUAAUGAUUAUUAUGAUGAUGAUGAUGAUGAUAACAAUAAUAAUAACCGAAUAGACAAAAAAAAAAAACAUAAAAAAAAGAAAUAUAAUAAUGAACCUAUGGAAAAAAUAGACGUUUCUGAUCUAGUAGAAGAAAUAUUUAACGGGAAAAUAGUAAAUAUAUGUAUGCAUAUAUUAGAAAAUUUCAAAAGAAAUAGUUUAUAUAUAAAUGAUUUAAUUAUAACCUAUUUUGAACAUUUAAUAAAACAUAAAAAUAAUGAAUAUAAUUUCUUAAUAUUUUUUGAUAUUAAAUAUUUUCUUAUAUUUAAAGAUAUUAUUAAUGAUCCUGAAGCAUAUAAUAAUCCACAUUAUUAUUGGAUCCCAUGUUUCUUUGAAAAUAUUAUUGCAUGCUUUUUUAAAAUAUGGAAAAGCAAUUAUUUUAUUGUUAAUGAACUUCUCUUUACUAAAGAUAUAAAUAAAAAUAAUUCAAAUCUAUUAAAUGAAAAAUAUUUAUUAUCUAUAUUUAGUAAUUAUAAUGAAGGGAAUGAUCCAUUUAUUUUUCAACAAUUAAAUGAAGGGAUAUAUAUAAAUGAUAUAUUUAUAAAUUUAAAUAAUAAAAAAAGAUUAGAAUCUUUAGAAUGGUCUAAUGAAGAUAUAGAAAAUCUAAAAUUUUAUUUUAAACAAUUUAAACACAUGCAUAAUUUCUUACCUUUCAUUAGUGAAAUGUUAAAUAAAUCAUCAAAUGUUGUAAAAAAUCAAUUAAUCUAUUUAAAUUAUUUAGAUAAAAGAGGAAAAGUUAUAUAUGAUGAUCAAUAUGAAAGUGAUAAUAUGAUUUCUUCUUCUUCUUCUUCAUCAUCAUCUUCAUCAUCAUCUUCAUCAUUAUCUUCAUCAUCAUCAUUAUCUUGUGUAUCUUAUUUAUCAGAGGCACAAAAUAGUAAUAACAAAUCAAAUGAUUCUUUAAAAAUGUCUUAUUCAAAAAAGAAGAAACAACAUACAAAUGAACAUAUGAAUCAUCAUCAAAAUUAUCCUAUGAGAAAAACAAAACAACCGCUUCUUUAUAUCAUAUAUAAAUUAAAAAAAUUAAAUUAUAAUAAUAAUAAUAAUAAUAAUAAUAAUAAUAAUAAUAAUGAUGAUAAUACAAAAGAUCAACCAAAAUUAACUGUUAACGAAAUUAACUGUAAUGUGGAUACUGUCUUAGAAGAAAUAAACGUCAACUUAAAAUCUUUAUAUGAAUUAAAAAAAUUAUCGAAGAAUAAAAUAUUCAAUAAUAAAGCGUUAGCAUUUGACAUUCCAUUAAGCAUAUCCCCUGAUCUACUUGAACAUCAUUACUUUAAAAAAUUGUUAAAACAUAUAGGCUUUCUAUAUAACCAAAAUGUUGAUGAAUGGAUAUUAAACGAAAAUUUAGAUAUAGACAUUUUUAAAAAAACCAUAGACAAAUUUGAACAAUUAUAUAUAAUGGAUAUUCAAAAAUUGAAAAAGAAAUUAUCAUCUCAUAAAUUAAAUGUUCAAACAAAUGAUCAGGGAGAAAGACAAGAUGAAAGGAACAUUGAUCAUGAGGACGAACCCGUUUCUUCUAACACGGAAGAUGAUCAUGAGGAAAAUGAUUAUUUUACAUAUGAUCACAUAGAUGAAAGGGACCAUAAAAAAUGUGAUGAUAAAAAAUAUAGUGAUAAUACAAAUGAAACAUAUGAUGACCAAAAAUGUGAUGAUAAUACAAAUGAAACAUAUGAUAAUGAAAAAUGUGACGAAGCAAUAAAUAACAAACAUAUGGAUGAACAAGAAUUACAUUUGCGUAGUCCCUCUAUAAAAACCAAAGGUACAUUGAAACUUUUAAAAUUAAUGUAUGAAUUUUUUAUUUCAAAUGAUGAUGAAUGUAGAUUAUUUUUUAAUAAUUUAAUAAAUACCAUUAAAGAGAAAUGUAUUAUUAUCUUUGAAAAAUUAAAAAAAUGCAAACUAGAUCAUGACAUAUUGUAUAAGGACACUACAAAUAAUUAUUAUGAUCAUACUUCACAUCCUGUUCAAAUAUGUUUUGAAGAUUAUAAAAUAUAUUUGAAUAAUAACGAAAAGAGUAUUUUAAAAGGUAGAUGUAAACAUAAAAAUAUUCUAGAAGAACUUUUGGAAAUAUUAGGUUUGUACAUUUCUAAUGUCCCAUGUUUAAUUAUUAGCAAACAUAUAAAAGAAGAAGAGUUCUAUGAAAGAAUUACAACUAUUAAUGAUCAUAAAACUUUAAGCUUAAACGAUUUAAAUAUGAUUAUAACUACAAAGGAAAAAGAAAUCAAAGAAAAAAAAAAAAAAAAAAAAGAAGAAAGAAAACCAAGUGCACACCAAAAAUUUGCAUUUAUUAAAAGUAUAUGUGAAUAUUUAAAUUAUAAUUAUAUUAUUAGGAAUACUUACAAAAGCGAACAAAAUACAAACAAUCAUAAUGAUAACAACAUUAUUUAUAAUAAUACAUAUUCUAAGUUGAAAGAUACAUAUUUUGGUGAUGAUAAGUUAUUAACAGCACUCUAUGAUAAGCUAAAUAUAUGGAAUAAUAGACGAAAGAAAAAAAAUGAUGACAUGGUAUUGGAGAUACCGAUCCCUCAAUUUGUUGGAUCGAUGUGUAAUGUGGGAACUUCUGAGGGAGAACAUGAACAAAAACUUGAUGAAAGUAAGAAUAUAUAUACAAAGGAAUAUAAUAAUGAUGAAAAGUUUCUUAAGUCUCAUAUUAAUUGUCAAGAUGAUACUCAAAAGAUAUCCUCUUUAGUUAUACAUAUAGGUAUUUGUUUGAAGGGAGAAUAUCACGAUGAAUCUAUUUUAAAAUGGACAUGUGAACAAAUACAUAGAGAGUGGAUGAAAAUUAUGUUAAAAUUAUUUUAUAAUAUCCUUUAUGAUACUACAUAUAAUGUUAUAGGAAAAUUAUUUAAGGAAUAUAAAAAUAUCAAAGAAAUAUUAAACGACCAGUCUUCUGAUUUUUUGGAUAUGUAUAAAUCAGAUAAAAAGAAAAAAAAGAAAAAGAAAGAACUCGAUGAUGUUGAGAAGGAGGGUCAACCAAAAAUGGGAGUGGGAAAUGAUGAUAACAUAAAUGGUGAUAAAAACAUAUAUGAUGAUAACAUAAAUGGUGAUGAUAACAUAAAUGGUGAUAAAAACAUAUAUGAUGAUGAUAAAAACAUAUAUGAUGAUGAUGAUAACAUAAAUGGUGAUAAAAACAUAUAUGAUGGUAAUUACAAAAUAUCGUAUAGUAAAGAAUAUGAACAUAUUCAUAUGGAUGAAAAAAAAGAAGUAGAAAAAGAAUACCACAUAUACGAUAACAAUAAUAAUAAUGAUAAUAAUAAUGAUAAUAAUAAUGAUAAUAAUAAUAAUAGUCACACCUUAGCGUUUCAGAAUAGAACUCAAGGAGAAACAACAUUUACUAACAUAAACAAUAUAACAAAUGAUAUUUGUGAAAAAGGUAAUAAAUAUACAUCAAAUGUAAAUAAUAUUAAUAAUAUCAAUGAAAUGACAUGUAAAGAAUCCGUUGAAGUUAAUGAAAUAAUUCAAAAGACAAAUAAAAGAAAAUUUCAUAAUAUAGAAUUAAAAGAACAUUAUUGUUAUGAUUUAUUCAAAAAAAGGAAAUUAGAAAAUACUUAUAGAAAUACAUAUAAGAAAAAUAGAAAAAUUAUUAUUAACUGCUUAUUAACAAAUAAAAAUAUUUUUCAAUAUAAAGAACAUGAUAUUGUUAAUAAGGUCAAGCAAAUUUUUAUUAAGGCAAAACAUAUGGCAACAAAUGGGGAUCUACGAAAUAGAUGGAAGUCUCGAGAAGAUGUCAAGAAAAUCCUUUUAUUGUAA